AUGCCAACCGUUGCAGUAGACAAGGAAGAUCUAUGGAGGAGGCUGGGCCGUGCAUAUACUACGGAAGAAUUCGACCGGUUGAUGUUUGAGUUCGGCCUCGAGCUCGACGAAGAUACCACAGAAGAAGUGGAAGCGGCGAGGAAGAAGGGUCUACCUGUUGAGCGUCCACAAUUGAAAAUAGAGGUACCGGCGAAUCGGUACGAUCUACUUUGCAUCGAGGGAAUCUCCCGCGCUUUGCGUGUAUUCCUGGGAUUAGACAAGCCUCCAAUAUACAAGCUCGUAUAUCCGAAAGGUGGAAAAAAGGAUCUGAUCACAGUCACGGUUGCACCGGAGACGAAACAAAUUCGACCGUAUUUUGCAUGCGCCGUCCUACGCAAUGUCAAGUUCACGCAGUUGUCAUAUGACUCCUUCAUUGACUUGCAGGACAAGUUACACCAAAAUAUCUGCAGGCGACGACAGUUCGUCGCCAUCGGUACACAUGACUUGGAUACUAUAAUUCCACCGUUCAGAUAUGAAGCUAGACCACCCAAAGACAUCAAGUUUGUUCCUUUGAACAAGAAUAAAGCAUACACAGCCGAGGAGCUCAUGACACUAUACGAGUCCGAGAAGCACAUUGCUCGCUACCUGCACAUCAUCCGAGACUCUCCAGUAUACCCUAUUAUCUACGACACGAAGGAUCGAGUACUGUCCAUGCCGCCUAUCAUCAACUCGGAGCACAGUAAAAUAACGCUGAAUACCCGGAAUAUCUUCAUAGAUAUCACUGCUACUGACGAGACCAAGCUGGCCAUCGUCGCGAACAUACUCACCACUAUGUUCUCUGAAUACUGCGAGGAGCCGUUCGCUAUCGAGCCAUGCAAGGUCGUCUUCCCCGAUGGUACAACCCGCAUUACACCCGAUCUCUCGUACCGCCCCGCAACAGCACAUGCCUCGUACGUCAACUCAUGUACCGGGCUCAAGCUGAACGCAACCGAGGUAGCCUCCCUCCUCGAACGCAUGACUUUGCACGCAGCCGUGUCCUCCGACCCCGACGUUGUAGACGUGCAGAUCCCGCCUACGCGGCCCGAUAUCCUGCACGAGUGCGAUCUAAUGGAGGAUGCUGCGAUCGCAUACGGUUUCAACAAGCUGCCUGAUACCUUCCCCCCAACAAGCACUGUUGCGCAGCCACUGGCCCUCAGCAAACUCAGCGACAUCGUGCGCAAAGAAUGGGCGCUGGCGGGCUGGGUCGAAGUCCUCCCUCUGAUCCUGUGCUCGCACGAAGAAAACUUCGAGUGGCUGAACCGUGUCGACGACGGGACGCAGGCGGUGAAGAUCGGGAACCCGAAGACGCUCGAGUUCCAGGUCGUGCGCACGUCGCUCGUGCAGGGCCUCCUCAAGACGAUCCGCGAGAACCGCUCGCACCCGCUGCCGAUCCGCGUGUUCGAGACGUCCGAUGUCGUGUUCAAGGACACCGCGCGCGAGCGCCAGGCGCGCAACGUGCGCCACGCCGCGGCCGUGUGGUGCAACAAGACCGCGGGCUUCGAGGUCGUGCACGGCAUGCUCGACCGCAUCAUGCAGAUGCUCGAGGUCCCGCGCAUCGCAGGCACGGACGUCAAGGCGGAGACGGGGUACUACAUCAAGGAGCGCGAGGAUCCCACGUUCUUCCCCGGGCGCGCCGCCACGAUCUACUAUCGUGCGCCGCCACCGGAGAAGGGUACCCUGUCGGCGCUCAAGCGUACCGUCAACGCUGUCGUACACACGCCCGGCGACGAAGAGAUCGGCCUGCUGGGCAUCCUCCAUCCGUCCGUGCUGGAGAAGUUCGAGAUCCCGUACCCGUGCUCCGCGCUCGAGUUCUCGCUCGAGCCGUUCAAGUGGGAAAUGCACGAGCUAUGGACGGACGUGGAUUGA